AUGAACAAGAUAAAGGAAUUUUGUAGUGGGUACAUUAAAACUAUAUUAUUUGCAAUUGAGUAUAAACAUCGUUUUUAAUUUCCUCAAGAGCUAUUUAUCAUCCCUCAUUUUCUGCAUCAUGUCCAAUUAUUAAGUUUAUUUUUGGAAAGAUCUUCAGAUUAAGCAUUUGAUUAUGUGGUUGUUUUGGCACAUUUCUCUUUAUUUGAACCAAUGCUGACAGAUGAUUUAAGCAAACUUUUUUUAUUUCUAAUUUUUGCCUUUUAAAUAAUUUUACUAUUUUAUCUACUAAUUGCUACAUUUGAAACUCAAAGAGUAUCCUUAAACUUUAAAUUAAGAUUAAUUUUAGAGAAAAAAAUAGAAUCUGUAAGUUCUGUUUUGCACUGGUACUUUACUUUUUAUAACAUCUUUACAAUUCCAAUAAUUGUAAUUAGUGUUAAGUUUAUGCUAACUAAUUAUUAUAUUUUUGCAUACUUCAAUGCAAUAUUACAAUAUUUUUAAGGAAUAAUCUUAAUAUAUCUAUUAAGGAAUCAUAGAUUUGCUGAAAAUAACUCUUUUAAAAGAAAAUUUGCAUAUGUUCAAUUUUUCAAUUAUACCAUUGCUUAUUUAUUAAUUUUUUUUAGAUUCUAUGAAGAAAUUGUAUUUGUUAAGUAUGCUUUAGGAUUUUCAUAUGCAAUUUUGCAAAUAGUUGAUCAAUUUUAUAGUUGCCCUUACAGAGAUCCGUUUCGAGAGCCAUCCUUAAAAGUAGCUAUGGUACUUUUAAGUAGUAUAUUCAUAUGCUUAUUUUUUUCAUUGAAGACUAUAGUAGAUGGGUAAUUAUUUUGGAUUCUGUUUGUGGCUGCAUUGAUGAGUGGUGUAUCAGCUUCAAUAAGUUCACUUUUCCACGAAUUUGCUAUGACAAACUACAAUUCUCGUUUCAAUUUAUAAGAGAAAUAUAUAAUUAUUGGUGUAGAUUAAUUUUAUAGUCACUUUACUUAUUUCUAAACAAGUGAAUACAACAAAUUGACUUACUUUUAAUAAUUGAUUAAGCAUAAUGAGAAUUGCAUGAGACCUAAGUGUCCUUCUUAAAAAUCAAAAUUAUCAAAAGUUAAUUUUAAUGAUAAUAUAUAAUUACAAAAAUUAACAAUUGAUGUGGUGAGUUGCAUUUUUAAGACUUGUCAUAGUCGAACUGUUAUUAAAAAUGGAGAAAUUCAUAAACCUAAAUUCGAAUAGUUACAAUUAUAAUAUAUCAGUUUUUUAUCCUCAAUAGCAUAAAGACCAUUAAUUGGCUAUGUUGAAUUACGGAAAUAUUAGCAAGACUAAAAUAACGAUAAUUCCUUAUAUUUUCGAGAACUGACUUCUAAAAUUUCUGCAGAAUUAGAAUUUGCCAUUUUGUAUCUUUAGGAAAGGAUGAUCUUGUAGUAAUUUAGAAAGGAAAAAUAUAUGGCAAAAGAAGAAAAAUUAACGAUUGCUUAACUUUGGAGGAAAAUAACUCCUCAUAUAAUUGAUGUCAUUGAUAAGAAACAAAGGUUUUGGGAUAAUCUAUUAGAAGGCUAUGAUGAUUUAGAACCAUUUCACAACGAAUAACUCUAACUCUGCAAAUCUAUAGAUUAACUAUAUAAAAAAAUUAAAACCUCAAUCAUAAUUCCAGAGGUAUUUUUUGACAGAUCAAAGGAUAUAAGUUUAUAAACAGUUCUUAAAACAUUGGAUCCGGAAGAUAGGAAUAUAAAUAUACUAAAUUUGAAAAUAUAUUCUAUUUUAUAUGCAGUUAUUUUGAAUGAUUUUGACAGAGCAUUUUAAGCAGAAAAAUAAAUUGAGGAUCUUAUAAAGGAAGAUAGAUAGAAAUCGAUUGAAAUAAUUGAUGACUGUGCAUUAUUGAAAGAUGAUGCUGCUAUUAUCUUAGUAAGUCUAGUAAGAAAGAAGGGUCAUAUAGUGAAUAAAAAUUUGUUAACUUUGGCGAAUUUCUUUGAGUUUUAGAAUGUUCAAGACAUAGCAGGGCAAACUUUAAUCUCAUCUUUCCUGCCUCCUGAUCUAAGAAUUUUGCACGAUGCCUAGCUAAAUGAAUUUAUUUCAAAAGGAUUUACAAAGUAUUCAGUUUAAAGCAUUCACUCUUAUUAUUUAUAAAAGUAGGGUUAUCUUAGAGAAUGCUAUAUCAAAUUAGGAAAUUUAUUUUAAGAUUCUUCAGAUUUCAUUUUGACAGGUUCAAUUCUUAGAUUGUAAACCUCUUAUGAUGUAAUUAUGUUCGAUGGUUAUGGGAAAAUUAUUGGCACUAGUUAAGAAUUCUUUGAUAAAAGGAUCCUGCCCAAUAAUCCAAGUAUGACUAUGGAAAGAUUUGUGGAAUAAGGCAAUAUAAUUAUGCUGAUGCCAUUCAUUUUAAUCAAUUUAAAGAAACUAGCGAAUGAGACAUAGACAGAUUUUGUAGAUUACAGUUAUUUCCCAGAAUAAUUAUUGGAUAUUUGUUUAUAGUUUGGAUUAUUAUUUGAUAAUAAGCAAAAGUAUGACCAAAGAUUGUCAUCCUAUAAUUUAACCACAAUUAAAUCCUAAUAAGCAUCACAUAUGACGGCAAUAUCUUCUAGGAGUUACGGUAAUUCAGAAGAAUAGGUUAAAAUUAAAGGUUAAAACAUCCCUAUGUUGCAAGUUGAAAGAAUGAAUUUGAUCCUAGAUUUUUUAUUGAAAUAUCACAAUGAGCAAUCUAUCCAAUGUGAUAUUCUUAAAAUUAAGUAUAGCAUAGAAUUUUAAGUCAUGGAAACAAAAAAAAAUAAAUAUCCUUAUUUUAUAUUAAAAUUGGAACCCUUAAAUGAAUUUGAAAGAUCCGAUUCGUGUUCCAUAAUACCUUAUAAAAAAUCAAUCCGAAGAACACUAAUUGCUCUAAAAUAUGGGGAAUCGCAAACUGGAGUGGAAUCAACGAACACUAAAAACUUCACAAUUAGAAAUUUUUAGUAAAAUUAAGAUUAAUUAAAUGAAACAGCUGAUAUCAAAGGCCCUUCAGAUCAACAUCUUUUAGAAUAGAUUAUGCAAAUCAGCAACAUAUCUAUUUCUAAGCCUUAAAAGCAACAAGAUGAUUUAAAAGUAGUCUUUGAAAACCCUUAGAUUUCAAGAAAUGAAGAUGAAGACUUCCAAUAAUUAGACUAAGAUGUUGAAGAAAGUAAAAUAGAUGUUUAAAAACCAGAAUAGGAAUUGUUUGAAGAUCCCAAAUAUGAUUCUGAUUUAAUAGAAAAAAAAUCAGAUAGUUCAAAAGGUUAGAAAACAAAAAAAAAAAGUGAUAUUUUGGAAAUUUUAAGAAAGAAUAUAAAUAAUUAAGAAGUUUAAGAACAUGAACAUUAAUAGUCCUCAAAACCUAGUUCAACAAAGACCUCCUCAUCAAAAUCACCCUAUUUAUUAAUUAGAACUCUCUAUCAAAUUGGAGAGAUUGAUUCUUAGAUUUGGGUUAUAAUUAUGCUAAAUAUUUUUAUUUGUUUAAUUGCUUUGAUUUUGGUUUUCAUUAAGAUAUUCAUUGUUUAAAAUUAAUUUGGAAUUCUUUAAGCUAAUUUAAAUUAUGUUCAAUAUCCUGAGAAAAUCAAUAAUUACUUUCUAAAAUCAUUAAUGUUCUCAUCUAACAUUCUCCAAUAAAAAUUAGAAUUAGUAACUUAUAGUUAAUUUGUUAAUGAUGCCCUUAAAAAUGAAUUUAGCAAUUUGGCAUUGAAGAUUGAAUAUGAGUUAAAAAGUAUUUAUGAGGAUAUCAUAACUUUUGAAAAUUAAGUAGUUUCUAUUAAUGAUGAUCUAAAAGUCAUCAAUAAUUUAAAAUAGUUCGAAAUUACAUUUGAUUUAACAAUACUGUUAGAAUAAAUUUCGUCAAAUUCUAUCAACUUGAAUUUAUUAAUUCAAAAUGAAAAGGAAUUAGAAGAAAAUUUCUUGUCACUAAAUUUAUUUUUUAAAUUAAAUAUGGUUUAAGUGAUUACAGUAAGCAAAAGUUAUAUCAAUUAUCUUAAUGACAAUUUAAUUUUUUAUGAGUAAUAAAUUGUUAAUAUUCUCAUUUAUGUUAUUGUUGCAGAACUUAGUAUCAUAACUGUUUUCAUGUUCUUUAUCAUUAAGGUUUUAUAAGAUGUAAACUAAUUAAUUAGAAAAAUCUUAAUCCUAAUUACAAAACUAAGUGAGGAUGAUGUAAAUCAAAUUAACAGGAUUUAUUAGGAAAUAAAAACUAUACUUAAAGAUCCAAAAUAGGUCUAAUGGAAAUAAACAAAUUUUGUUAAAUGCAUAUUUGAAACCAAUUUUGUAAAAGCUAAAUAAGAUUUAAACUAUCUUUAAUCCUCUAAUGGAUCCGAAGCUGCCAAAAACAAUAAGUAGAAAUUCAAAAAGAGAUAUCAAAACAGUUCAUUAACCUCGAGAGUAUAUAAUCUAAGAUUACCUUAAAUUUGGAAUUAUGCAUUCAUAUUUUUAUCUUGGUUAUUUUUAGCUGGUUAUCUGCUAGGUGCAUUAGGAUUAUCCCUUUCAAUGGUCCAUUAGAUUAAACCUGCAAUUACCUUAAACUUAUAAUUAAUAGAAUUUAAAUUAAAAUUCGAUUCUCUAAUAGUUUAUGGGGAAAUUUUGAAAACAGACUAUCUGGUGAAUUUGAAAAUAAGUCAAUUGUUUGAAUUAUCUUAGAUUAAUUUCAAUUAGGAUGGGGUUAAAGCUGAAUUCUUUUCCUUGUAAGAAGGUUUUUAAGAUUAAUUAUCUGUUAUUUAUGAUCAGUUAUAAUCAAGUACAUCCCUUUUAGACGAAUAAAAAAAUACUUUAUUAGUUCCAUUUCGAAAUUCACUUUGUGAAAGUGAUCCUACUCUUGUGCCAGCUUGUACAAAUCCGUUAGAAACCAAUUCUUCAGAUAAUAGUUUAGAUUACCUUUCUGGAGGAAUAGUUAACAUGGUACAUGAAUUUUCAAAAACUUUGAAAACUUUCUGGCAAUUAAAUGAUUAUGCUAUUACUGAUGAAAAUUAAUUAGAAAAGUUUCUAUCUGGAUAAGUACAUACUACUGAAUUUGUUCAUCAUUUUCUAUUUUAAGGAAAGAUUAUGGAAUAAAUUGCAAAUACUAUGUUAAAUUUAAAUAAAAGUACUUUAGACUCUGUUAUCUUAAAAUUUCAAAUUUAUAUGUAUAUUUUGGGAUUGACAUUAAUUAUCGUUUAUACUUUAUGCUUUUAUAAGUGGAUUUUAAAAUUAGAUAAUGAGAUGUAUUUAACUAAAUUAGCAUUAACUUUAAUUCCUGCAGAUUUCUUGAAUGAACAAAAGACAAUGAGUGAUUUAAAAAAUAUUUAAAAUGAAUGA